AUGGACUUUGAAGCGUUGGUGAACGAAGUCGAAUCUGCGGUCCAUGAUACGCCGCAAGCGACCAAAUCGCACCAGCGCCACACGAUUCUGUCGCGCUUGGACAAACCCGCGUCGUCAACGUACUCGUAUGCCAAGACAUUGCCAUCCCACCACGCCAAGUCGGACUUGGACGAGCUGCUCGACCUCGUGGAUGGCCCGGACACGGCCAAAUCAACCGCAACGGACGUUCGAAGCACCGCCCCGCCAGCCAUGGCUUCUUCGCACAGACCGGUCGGCGCAUCGGGCUCGUCGAAAAGGUGCAUUGCCGUGUACCUGGGAGGGUCUCAAAUGAAGCAUGGUGUGGCCACGAGCUCGGUGAACCCACAAGCAUGCUCCAACCUGCGGUGCACUGACUGUGACUUCCUCGUUGUCCAGUUUGAACACUCGUAA